AUGGCAAAGGAAGAGAACGGAACUAUUCCGUAUGGAGAUGGAAAGAAAUCCUUCAAGGAACUGGUACGGAACUACUUUCGAUAUUACUGCGAGAGAUCUACGAUACACUGUAAUCCACCUGACUGUUCCACCUUCUGCUUCAGACUCAUCUGGUGCGUUUUGCUCGUCAUCAGUGUCACACUCUGCUGCUCCUUCUAUUUGCUACUCUCGGAGCGUUAUGGAGCUCAGAAGCUGCAAACGGUUAUUGAUGAUCCGCAGUAUCCGGUUUUCUUUGUGCAGUUUCCGGCUGUGGGAGUCUGUACGGACAAUCGCAUCAAUUGGAGUAAACUUGAAGAGGCCAAGACUGAGUUUCUGCCUGCCAAUUCCAGUGUAGAAUUGGUCAAAGGUUUUACCACUCUAGUUAAAUAUAUGGAAACUCUGCGCUUUGAUAACUUCAAGUACAGCAAUUCCGAAUUGGAAGAUCACAACUUCGAGGCACUGGAAUUUGUUAACAUCAGCUCAUUAGCUGAAUUCCUGGCCCUACGUUGUGAGGAUAUCAUUGAGCCCAGUUCCUGCAUGUGGCGUCAGUCCAACUUCAAUUGCUGUGAAUACUUUGUGCUUGAGAAGACAGAAUACGGACUAUGUUUGGUCUUCAAUUCAGAGCUGUCGGAUCAAUCAGUUCUUCUAAAGAAACGAGCUGGAAAAGAUUUUUACCCAAAGCAUAAUGCCAAGGCAGGUCAAAGUUCGGGCCUUAACUUCAACUUGAUGCUAGAUGAACGCUUCAAGCGACCAGAAUCUAAAGCAACGGACAAUGUCUUUAUCAUGAUUAAGAAGCCAGACCAAUUGUCCAAUGUGGUCUACUCGAUAACUCCCAACACGGAAACAUAUGUGACCAUUCGUCCCCAAAUGACACGCACCGAUGAAUCGACCAGGAACAUUGCUCCCGAAAAUCGCAAUUGCCAUUUUACCGAUGAGCUCCAGGACUUUGGCACCAGCGAUGCUCCGAGAAGGUUUAGCAAGAGUUUUUUGCUUUCCAAUUGCUUCAAUAAUUGCCAUGAAUCGUACUUGGUCAAAUUGUGCAACUGCACACUUCCCAUCUUCUUUCUCAGCAACCGUAAAGUCGAGGACUGCACUGCGGCUAGUCUGCGUUGUAUCUCGCGUCACAAUGACAUUUUCAGUUACGACAAGCAUUUGAAGGAGGACGACUUCUUCAGUGCCAGCAAACCAGGCAUGACCUGUCCGUGUCUGGUCAACUGUAAUGUCCUGGAAUACUACACGUCCAUAACCACACUGCCAUUGCCUGCCCAGAAUAUGUCGACAAAUCAACAGUUUUUCAAGGUGGAUGUGCAUUACCAGGUGGAAAGUAUGAUAACGUAUCGUACCAGCCUCGAGUUUAGCAGCAUAGAUUUAAUUGCUAAUUUGGGUGGCAUCUUUGGGCUCUGCCUUGGCGCCUCGAUGGUCAGUGGCGUUGAGUUGGUUUACUAUCUAACCGUGGGAUUUGCAAUGCAUCUUUAUGACAACGCUUACUUUGGCGUGUUGCGCGAGAAUCUCAAACAGAAGUGGGCCAAGUGGCUGUGUUAUUUACGUAACGGUAUUAGCCACGCCCACCAGGAAACGGAAGCAAUGACCAAAAGCAAACUACGACAUCCGUUUAAUAAAAGAAUCAACGCCUGGUGAAUAUAUUAUUAAGGCCUAUAGAGUCCAGUGAUGGGAAUGAUAAUUAAAGUGUGUUGUCAUUAAAUUAUGUUGUAUAGUUCAACUUCCAAGUACUACAGAAAUAUUUGAUUCCUUUAGUUAAACUUUAGUUAGAAACAA